AUGGUUCUUCGUUACUGGGCACUAGAAGGACUUAGGGACUUUGAGAAUUCUCACUGGUGCCGGACACCAGUGUGCAGCACAGUGCCAGAGGCCUUCCCCAGAGUGACCAGCGUCAAGAACGGGGGAGAAUAUCUGAAACCAGGACUUUUCCGUCUUACUCUUCCCUUCUUCUCUCUCCUCUCCCCUCUUCCUCUCUUCCCCUGUUCUUCUCCUCUCUUGCCCUCUUCUCUCCCCUCUUCUCUCUCCUCUCCACUCUUGUUUCCACUAUCCUCCCUUCUCUCCCCUCUCUUUCCCUCUCCUCUCUCCUCUCCCCUCCCCUCCCAUCCUUCGCUCCGCACGGCCUUUCUCACAGAGGAACCUCCGCCUCGCCCGCCUCAGCCCAGCAUCUUCACUCAGAAACCAGCCUACAACCCUGUGAGUGAGGACCAAGGCUCUUUGAGCAGUGACCUUAAACGGCUGUGCCUGCGGAGGCCGGGCCUCCCCCGCGGGCUCUGGCUCCCCAAGCCGUCCGCCUGGGUGCCGGGCACCAAGGCGGGCAGUGCCGGGGCCGAGCUCACACUCAUCGACUUCAGCCAGGAGCCGCUGCUCCCGGCCCCGCGGCCCCACGCGCCCUCCCUGGCACAGCUGGCCACGGACGCCUGUUCCCUGCUGGACAAGACGCCGCCACACAGCCCCACGCGGGCACUGCCCCGGCCGCUGCACCCCACGCCCGUGGUGGACUGGGACGCCCGCCCGCUGCCCCCACCGCCUGCCUAUGACGACGUGGCCCAGGACGAGGAUGACCUGGAGGUGUGCUCCAUUAAUGGCUCCCCGGGGCCCAGCCAGGCCGAGAGCCGCCACGGCCCUGCGCCCACCGGGCCGCCUCCCCUGGAGGACAACCUCUUCCUCCCACCCCAGGGGCCCCGCCAGCCGCCCAGCUCUGCGCACACAGCCGAGAUCUUCCAGGCCCUGCAGCGGGACUGCAUGCUGCAGCUGGGACCCUCACCCUCGGGCGACAGUGGGCCGCAGGUGCCCCCCAGGGUGCCCAUCCCCCCCAGGCCCACGCGCCCGCAGGAAGGACGGUCCCCGGCCCCCUCGGGCGAAGAGGAGGCAGAUCAUUGGUGGCCUGGACCUGCCUCCCCUCCUCAGCUGCCUCCCCGGGAGCCCCUGACCCCACAAGGCUCCAGGACCCCCAGCCCGGCGGUGCCCCCCGGCAGCUCCCCCGGGAAGCCCAUGCCCACCACCCAGAGCUUUGCCUCGGACCCCAAAUAUGCCACGCCCCAGGUGACGCAGGCCCCGGGCCCCCGGGCCGGGCCCUGCAUCCUGCCGAUCGUCCGGGACGGCAAGCGGGUCAGCAGCACUCACUACUACCUGCUGCCCGAGCGGCCGCCCUACCUGGAGCACUGCCGGCGCUUCCUGCAUGAGAGCCAGGCCCACUCGGAGCCCCUGCCCCUCACGCCACCCCCGCUCGGUGCCCCGGCGCCCACGGCCACCGUCCGACCCAUGCCCCAGGCCGCCCCUGACCCCAAGGCCAACUUCUCCACCAACAACAGCAACCCGGGCGUCGGGCCGCCGGCCCACAGGGGCUUUCCCGGAGACGGGUUUGAGGCCGGCCGGACCGCGGAUAAGAUCCAGAUGCUGCAGGCCAUGGUGCACGGUGUGACCACGGAGGAGUGCCAGGCGGCCCUGCAGAGCCACAGCUGGAGCGUACAGAGAGCUGCCCAGUACCUGAAGGUGGAGCAGCUCUUGGGUCUGGGUCUGCGGCCACGGGCUGAGUGCCUCAAGGUGCUGGAGAUGUUUGACUGGAACCUGGAGCAGGCCGGCUGCCACCUGCUGGGAUCCUGUGGCCCUGGCCACCACAAGCGCUGAGUGUCCGGAGAGCCGAGUGUCUGCUCCGAAGGAUUCCCGUCGGCUUGGCCGCCGGAUGUACUGACAGGUGGGGCCUGCACAGGCCUGCUGCUCUGGCACCCGGCGAAGCCGUGGAGGCAGGGCCCGGGAGCCCCGUGUCGCCUGCCCCUCCUGGCCCAGAGCUGCCCUUGCAAGUCAGCGCGGGCGCGGGAAGGAGCCUGUGAGGGCCCACGGAGUCUGCUCCAGCUUCUGGCAGGGCCUGUGGCCGCCGUGUGUCCCUGUACCCCCAAACACCCUGCCGGGGGACACAAGGCCUGGCCUGGUAGGGAGAAUGUGUGGGUGGGCCGGCACCCCCGGGCCAGCCCCAGGUCUGGGCCCUUCUCCAGGGAGCCCCUGGUGGGCAGUUGGGGCACCAGAUAAGCUGACCAGUGGCCUCGUGGGUCUUGGCUGGUCUUUGCAGUUUGUUCCUGGAAGCGGCCUGAAGGGACUUAGGAGGAGGGCGAGGGUGCCAGGGUGCCAUCUGGCUGGGCCCAGGGCCCUCGGCCCCGGGGUCAGGAGGGAGAUUGGGGGCUUCUGGCCCAGCUCCCCGUCCCAUGCUGCUGCCUGUUACCCCGCCAGCCUGUGUCGCCAAAGCUACUGUCCCCGCUCCACACCUGCUUCUCGCAGAGAAAUAAAGCUAGUCUCUAUUUUAUCGUA